AUGAACUUUGUCAGAAAAGUUGAACACAGAAUUGGCAGUCUUGUCGCCGAUUAUUCGGAUUUUCCAGUUAAAGUCGAUGGAAACGGAAAUUUGCAGUUCUCACAUGUGGAAAGGGAGGAUGGCACCGAAAACCUGAUCUAUCAGUGUGCCGCGACCAGUCCAGUUCUUCAUGGCGAAUACCGAGCUGGCGAUGAAUUCCGGUUGGUAGUUGGACCCAAAAAGGGACCACCUGCUCCAAUGCGAGUGAUGUGGGCGUCUCCUGAAAAUAUGCGUAUCGCAGCCGGCGAAGACCUCCGUCUUAGCUGCAUAUUCAGUGGCAGGUAAGG